GGGUCUGAGUGAUAGAAAGGAACAAUCAUUUUCUCCUCCUUUCGUUUCUUUGUUUUUUGUCUUCCUUCUUCUUCUUCUCCCUUUCCUUCCGCCGCUGCAAUGCUACUGCUGGGACUUCCGCUCCUCUUUCUCUCCCUCUUCCCUUCCCCUCUCUGCGCCCAGGGGUCCGACGCAGACGCCCUCUUGGCUCUCAAGGCCGCCGUCGACCCCUCCGACCGCCUCCCCUUCGUCCCCGCCUCCAGCUACUGCCGUUGGACGGGUGUCUCCUGCUCCGUCGACGGCCGCGUGGUUAGUCUAGUCCUCGCCUCCGCCGGACUCGCCGGUCGCCUCCCCGGAGGCGCCUUCGCCCGCCUCGACCAUCUCCGCGUCCUCAGCCUGAAGAACAACUCCCUCGCUGGCCGCUUCCCGGACUCCCUCCUCGACCUCUCCGCCCUCCGCUCGCUCGACCUGUCGCACAAUCGCCUCGCCGGACCGCUUCCCCCGGCUCUCGCCGAGAUGGACGGCCUUCACGCCCUUCUCCUCGAGGAGAACUUUUUCAACGGAUCGAUCCCCGCAUUCAAUCAGUCGUCGCUCAAGAGCUUUAAUGUCUCCGGCAACGACCUCUCCGGCGCGGUCCCCGCCACCGACGUGCUCGCCUCCUUCGACCCUUCGGUCUUCGCCGGCAAUCCCGGGCUCUGCGGCGGGCUUGUGCGGAAGGAAUGCGCUUCGAAUAGCUUCUUUCCUCGUGGAGUCAGCCCGUCGACCGGCGCCGCCCCUUCCCCCGCCUCUACGGCCGCUUCGGACGGAGGAACGGGGCUCCCUCGCUCGGCUUCACCGUCACGAGGCUUGCACAAGACGACGCUGGUGGCUAUUGGUUUCUUGAUAGGUGCGAUUGUGCUAAUUUUUGUCUUUUCUGUUUCGUUGGUCAUUAGAAGGAAGAAGAUACCGGGACAGCAACAGGGAACAGAGAUGACGGAGAAAAACGCAGUGACCAACGGCGUCGCCGACAUAUCGGAAAUCAAUGCGAAGAGUUACACCGAUGAGGAUAUUGAGAGCACUGGCAUUGGCGCCGUGGACCCUGCGACCGAGCUGGCACUGGCAAUAUCGGAAGAGAGGGUGAAGAGAAUGGGAAAAAAUGGGUCUUUGGUUUUCUGCGCAGAAGAACCGUUCUGUAAUCUGGAGCAGUUGAUGAGAGCUUCGGCGGAAAUGCUGGGGAGAGGGAGCCUUGGAUCAACAUACAAGGCUGUGCUCGACGGUAGAUUAGCCGUCACCGUAAAAAGGCUUGACAAGAAGAAACUUGGGACUGCGGCUAAGGAGGGUUUUGAGCAUGAUAUACAGCGAGUGGGCAGUCUGAGACACCCAAAUUUAGUGCCUUUGCGGGCAUAUUUCCAAGCAAACGAAGAGAGACUGAUUGUUUAUGAUUACCAACCAAAUGGCAGCCUUUACUCCCUCAUUCAUGGUUCAAAAUUCACACGGUCCAAGCCCCUUCACUGGACCUCAUGUUUAAAGAUAGCAGAUGAUGUGGUGCAGGGACUCGCGUACAUCCAUCAAACUUGUCAUUUGGUGCACGGCAACAUUAAGUCUUCAAAUGUUCUUCUUGGAUCUGAUUUUGAAGCUUGCCUUACCGACAAUUGCCUCACAUUUCUUUUGCAACCAUUGGACGAUCAUAGUGACCCAGGAUAUAGAGCACCUGAAAUAGAGUCUAAUCAACAGCAUACCCCUAGCUCUGACAUCUAUGCUUUUGGUGUCUUGCUGCUGGAGCUCCUCACAGGGAAACCCCCUUCAGAGCAUCCAAUUCUUAUCCCAUCUGAUAUUCCAGUUUGGGUACAAUCAGUAAGGGACGAUCGAGACAUUGAGGAGCACCUCAUGAUGAUCAUUGGCAUUGCUUCAGCCUGCACUUGUUCUUCACCAGAAUUUAGGCCAGCCACCUUGCAGGUUCUGAAGAUGAUUCAGGAAGUGAAGGAGGCUGAGACACAAGAAAAUGACUUCGUUCAAUGAGCAUAUCUUAUGUGGUUCAGCUGUCUGUUGUGGAUCUCAACUAGGGCCUUUGCAACAAAAAGUUGGAAGAUCUCGACUUAUAAUGCUAUUGUAUGUAAUAGUGCCCCUCAUUCUAGAGGAUCGGCUAAGGUUAUAAUUGCUGAUGAUCCUGCUUCACGGAGAGGUAAAAAGCCUCAAAUCUGUAGAGAGAAAAACCAAGUCAAAUGACUGAAUUCGUGGGAAUUUAACCUAAUUCACAGAAUGCCAGAUGAUAUUCCUGGGAAUUGAUCCUGACAAAGAUACUCUCUCUAGGAAGUGACUAGUAGUUCAAGGUAUCCUGAGUCUUUUAAUUGCUUUUGUUCUCAGAAAAACAAAGAGAUUUGUAAUUGUUCCCUUUGCCAUUUACAAUCUUCCAAGCAAGAACAAUAUUAUACAAUGUCGCAGUUUAAGAUGUACUGGAUCUGUGAAUGUAUUUUUUUUAGCAUUCAAUUAAUUUUGUAACGCAAUUUUCCAUCUUGAAGUGCCUACUGAAUUGUACAUUAUCACGGUCAUUGUAGUGGAGGCGAUAAAUGCCAAGCUAUUAAUCUUUUCUUUUAUUUCA